GCGUCCCACAAUGCAACGCGGGAGAGACCGAGCUGCUUCUUCACCGUCAACACAUGGCAGCUAGCUUUUUCUGUUGUUGUUGCUAACAUUCGCUUUUUUAUAUAAACAUUUAUCUGUCUUUCUCUGCUCCUGACUCUGUCGCCAAAUGAAAGUCAAGGUCCUUUCAAGGAACCCGGACGAUUAUGUCCGGGAAACUAAAUACGAUAUUCAGCGAGUCCCCAGAAACUACGACCCCUCCCUUCAUCCGUUCGAGUUGAGCAGAGAAUACACGCGGGCCCUGAAUGCCACCAAGCUGGAGCGUGUGUUCGCCAAGCCGUUCCUGUCCUCCCUGGACGGUCACAGAGACGGGGUCAACUGUCUGGCCAAGCACACCAGGAGUCUCUCUACCCUGCUCUCUGGCUCCUGUGACGGCGUGGUCAAAGUUUGGAAUCUUACCAAACGUGAAUGUGUCCGCACUCUCCAAGCGCAUGAAGGUUUUGUCCGGGGAAUGGUUGUCAGAUACUGCGGCUCUUCCUUCUUUACGAUCGGAGAUGAUAAAACAAUAAAACAGUGGAACAUGGAGGCGCCGGGCUACGGAGAGGAGGAGGAGCCUCUUAACACCAUCCUUGGCAAGACUGUGUUCACAGGACUGGACCAUCACCAAAAGAAGGGUGUGUUUGCGACAUGCGGCCAGCAGGUGGACAUCUGGGACGAGCAGAGGAGCACCCCGAUCCGCUCCUUUUCCUGGGGCGUAGACAGCUUCAGCUCGGUCCGUUUUAACCCUGUAGAGACAGAACUCCUUGGAAGCUGCGCCUCAGACAGAAGUAUAGUUUUGUAUGACAUGAGGGAAUCAACACCGCUAAAAAAGGUGAUCAUGACAAUGAGGACCAACACAUUAUGCUGGAACCCAAUGGAAGCCUACUUUUUCACAUGUGCAAAUGAAGACUACAACCUGUACACAUACGACAUGAGGUACCUGGAGAAGCCCUGCAAAGUGCACAUGGACCAUGUCUCUGCAGUCCUGGAUGUCGACUAUUCUCCCACCGGACUGGAGUUCGUGUCUGCUAGUUUUGACAAGACCAUUCGCAUCUUCCCCAAAGACGCUGGACACAGCAGGGAGGUCUACCACACCAAACGCAUGCAGCAUGUCAUCUGCAUAAAGUGGUCGGCGGACAACAAGUACAUCCUGAGCGGGUCCGACGAGAUGAAUAUCCGCUUGUGGAAAGCUAACGCAGCUGAGAAGCUGGGAGUGCUGGCCCCCAGAGAGAGAGAGGCCGUUAACUACAGCCAGAAGCUGAAGGAGAAGUUCCAGCACUACCCACAAAUCAAGCGCAUCGCUCGCCAUCGACAUCUGCCCAAGAACAUCUACCACCAGAGGAACGAGCUCAGGGUCAUGAAGGAGGCUCGACGUCGAAAGGAGACCAACGUCCGUAAGCACAGCAAACCAGGAAGCGUGCCUGUGGUGUCUGAGAAGGAGAAGCAUGUUGUCAGUGUGGUGGAAUAGAUCCAGCUCAUGAGGGAGAAGGACUUUGUGUUUAGCAGUGAGAUGGAGACCACGAUCACUCGCACCUCCAGAAACACACGAGAUCUGCCGCUGCGGGGAAAAACAAGCUGUCAUUUUAAUGUUGAGCUUUACUGUAAAUAGUUAACAGGAACCAAUUAGACUUUGACUGUUAAUGCGGCUCCAUGUUCCUUACAUGCAGCCCUGACUUUGGAGCCAAGAAAAUUAGGAUUUCAUUGGAGUUGUGUUUAUAAUGGAAAUUAAAAAAAAUAAAAGUUGGUUUAAAUCUAAUUCUAGUAGAAUGUUCUCUGAUCCGGUUCCUUCCUCUUCCCUCACAUAUGGUGCUCUUGGUACCUGCUGUUUGUUUGCACAGUUAUGAUCCAUAUUUGGAAAAAGUUGUGGCUAUAUGAAUGAAGGUCCCACUAACCGGUUAAAGGAUUCUGUUUAUCACAUUAAAAAUGUGUACUAAAUAAACAUUG